AUCGUUAUUGCUCUCGGCCACUUUUGUACAAGCGACUACGACCCUCUCCAAGAGAAAGUAAUUGGAGUGAGAAAACUUCAAUUGUCCUCGCAUUUGACCUGCGCCGUGUUGAAUAGCGACCAAAACCAUCAAAGACAGGAUGUGCCCCUGUGAACAUGUUGAGAAGCUGAAACACUUCAACACCUAAAAUACGGCACCCACGUGCUUUCCCCUGUGCCUCAGGUGACUACAACAGUACUAGUCCCAACAUGUCGCCCACAUCGGACUUGCUGGAAUAUGAAGCUCUACUUGAACCUGACCAACACUAUCCCCUGUACAUCACUGCCAAGAAAUACUGGCUACCAGAAUUUGAAGCUCACUGGGACGACGAGGAAGCAGUCACACUUGUUUUGCUCCAUUCGACCAGCUUUCAUAAAGAGACUUGGCAGCCUACCCUGGAACGUAUCUUCCAGUGUUCUUCAGCUUAUUCCAGCAAAUCAUCAAAAUUGUUGAAGAUCAAAUGUGCAUGGGCAAUCGACUGCCCAAACCAUGGUGUAUCUGCCGCUCUCAACGAUGACGCACUUCGGCAGGCACCUUUUUACCACAACUUCGGGUGCCGCAAAUAUGCAGAUGCUGUCCAUAGACUUAUGUCUGCUGGAUCAAGGUUCAGACCCAUGUUUGACUUCCGAAGCCAGCGUCUUGUCGGAAUAGGACAUUCUCUUGGUGGAGUUGCUAUAACCAUAUUGCAGAACCUUGAACCGGCCUUCAAAUUUUCUUCUGUCAUCCUCGUGGAACCUAUGCUCAGUCCAAAUGCAAAGGCAGUGGAACCAUUGCGCCGUGUUCUCAUCAAACAUGCAUACGAACGAAAAGACGUGUGGCCUUCUCGAGAAAACGCGUACCAGAACCUGAAAUCAAGAAGGCGAUGUAAACGCUGGGACCCGCGUGUCCUGGAUUUGUAUAUUAAAUUUGGACUCCGGACUCACCCAGGUGCGCGUCACCUGCAAGCACCCUACGAUGGUGUCAGCUUAGCAUGCUCGCGUGAUGAAGAGGUGACAAUGUACAGAGAACCAGAUGGUGCAACCAAACCAGUGCAGGACUUGGACAAAGUUUGCCCACGCAUUCCCGUCAGCAUCGUGUUUGGAAGUGACAAUGAGUACAUGUACGCAGUUCCACAAACCCAAGCUGAUCCUUGACGAACGGAUAUGUGGUGCUGUAGACCCCGCGCAGUACAGGAUGCCCUGAUUGAUCCGGCUUCAGGCAGGCGUUUUUCCUCUGUCACGCGAAUCGAUGGAGCAGGACACC